AUGUCCUGCAGGUAUUUUUGUUCCUUCGUUGAUUCAGGAGAUGCCAUACCCGAUAUCCAAAAUAUGGUCCUAGACCAUAGCGAGGUGAGCGAACGUGCAUUCUUCAUAUGGAAACGAUACGGAAACCCCGAUGCUAGAGCGAAUUACUAUCUAGCGGAGAAGGAAAUACGCAUGGAAGUCAGAUUGAAGGAAGUGUUUCGGCUCCUAGACAGCAAUGACAGAGGAGAGUGCUCUUUUAGGCAACUUCUAGAGUUUGGAGACUUUAUUGGGGUCGAAUGGACCUUGCUGUAUCUUCGGGAGGCGUUCAAUGUAUUUGAUGCCACCGAGGAAUCGAUCAUCAACCUUUUUCAGUUUCUGCGCUUCACCGUAAACGAGCUGAAUGGCCUAGAUAUUCAGCUAUUCAACUAUAUGGUGGAGGGGUUCAUUAUCUACACAGGAUUUGACUAUCGACUCCGAGAAGAGAUUCAAAAUUGCUUCACGUCAAUGCCCAGUUAUAAGCUGUGUACUGUUAGUAUCAGUGACUUUCUGUAUUUGGCGGAAUAUCUUGCCCCAGAAAAAGAUCGUUCCUAUCAUUUACACGUAUUAUCUGUGAUUGAUAGUACCCGAGAUGGAUAUAUUAGUCGGUAUGAGUUUAUAACGUUGCUUGCCCUUCUUCUCCCAAACUCGAUAACAGUGUCUGAAUUGAUGCGAAGAAUGCAAAUGUACCUUAACAAAUAG